CCUCUCUGCCCACCAGCCUCAGAGCCGGCUCUGGUUGUGCCGAGAUGGGGCUGCCCAGGCCAGGGCUGUGGCUGAAGAGGCUCUGGGUCCUCUUGCAGGUAGCCGUGCAGGUGGCCGUGGGCAAAGUGUUCCUGAUACUGUUUCCCGAGAGAGUCAAGCAAUACAUCUUGGCCAUGAACGAGAAGAACCCCCACUUUUCCUAUGACAACUGGGCCCCGACCUUCUACAGCAUGCAGUAUUUCUGGUUUGUCCUGAAGGUCCGAUGGCAGCGACUAGAGGACAGGACUGAGCCCGGGGGCCUGGCCCCCAACUGCCCUGUGGUCCAGCUCUCAGGACAGAGGUGCCACAUUUGGGACUUCAUGCAAGGCAACAGGCCACUGGUGCUGAAUUUUGGAAGUUGUACCUGACCUUCAUUUCUUUUCAAAUUUGACCAAUUCAAGAGACUUACUGAAGACUUUUGCUCCACAGCAGACUUCCUCAUCAUUUACAUCGAAGAAGCACACGCAUCAGAUGGCUGGGCUUUUAAGAACAACGUGAACAUCAGGACUCACAGGAAUCUCCAGGACCGCCUGCAGGCCGCCCGCUUGCUGCUGGACAGGAGCCCCCAGUGCCCUGUGGUGGUGGACACGAUGGAGAACCAAAGCAGCCAGUGCUAUGCGGCACUGCCUGAGAGGCUCUAUGUGCUCCAGGAGGGCAGGAUCCUCUACAAGGGUAAAUCUGGCCCUUGGAACUACCAUCCAGAGGAAGUUCGUGCUGUUCUGGAAAAGCUCCACAGGUAGUCUGGAAAGAUUCCCCAGUUCUAGGUGAUCAACAGGAGGGCUCCUCCAGUCUUGGCUCUCCUCCCAGCCCAGGUUGGCGGUUACCUCUGGACUCCUGUCCCCUACUGAACCACUAGCUCAGAUUGGUCUGCUCUAACCAAACAAUUGUAAUCAGAAAAAAAAGCAGCAAGUAAGGUGAAUGUUAAAGACCAUACAACUCGACGCUGCCCCCACUAGUGGAGACCACAUUCAUCUCAUGACAUCCCCACGUGAGAGAGGCCCCACUCCGGGGCCUCCUGCUGAGGUGUGGUAUCUCUCUCCAGCCACUCUGAUACCAAGUGUUCAGAUAUGGCGGUCCUUAUGGUAGGCAAAUUCAUGUUCCCCAAUUUGCCAUUUAUGGACUUGAUCUAAGACACUAAACUGGCUUUUAGACCCAAGCGUGGGGAGAAUGCCGGUUGUUUAGAGAGCGGAGAUGAGGAAUAGAAAGCUGUCGUUCAUUUAUGCAGAAGCUCGCCUUUGAAAUUGUUUCUCUGAUUUCUUUGCAAGUCUCCUAAUGGUCAUUUGUGUUAGAUUACAUCAGACUAAUGGAUAACCAUUGGUAUUCAUCUGUUUUAACUCUGCUUCUUUUCAUAUUUGUCUAUGACAGCCACAGCCUAAAGCACACACAGCUGUGACUUGAUUUGAAAGAAAAUGUUUUAAGAUGCAGCAAGCUAAUACAGAAUGAUUAAACUAUC